AUGAACUGCAAAGAUGACAAAUGCGGACAACCAGAUAUAUUUUUCUGGGGCGUUGAUUUUUUCACUUAUAAUGACACGAGUUUGUUUGCGGAUUGCUCAUACUACAAGACUUACGUUGGGAAACUAAAACUUACCUGUAAUAAUCAAACACAAGAGUGGGUUACAGAGGGGGAGUGUCAAGAGUACAAUUUUCCGCUGGAUAUCACUGGUGUACGGCUUGUUGACGGACCCAAUUCGACAGCUGGUAGGGUCGAGAUCAAGUCUUUAGAUACUUGGGGAACAGUAUGCGAUGAUGCUUUCGGAAUACAAGAAGCUAAUGUUAUAUGUCGAAUGCUUGGAUACCCGCCAGCAAUGGGAUUUUAUGGUAAAUCAUAUUUUGGAGCAGGGAAAGGGCCAAUAUUUAUUGACGAUCUAAUUUGUCGGGAAGACGCGGUCCAUUUAAACAAUUGCACGUACGAAACAUAUGAUAAUUGUAACCAUGAUGACGAUAUAGCUGUUGUAUGUACAGAUUGCGGUAACCCAACACCAAACAAUGGUUUUACAAACUCGACAAAGACAAAUUAUGGUGCUGCAAUCCAUGUUUCUUGUGAUAAAGAUCAUAUACUGGAUGGUAACAGUGAUAUCAUUUGUCAGAUAAACGGGGAGUGGACCAAUAAACCAAGAUGUAAACUAAUUGAUUGUGGUGAUCCAACACCUGCCAAUGGGAAAGUUAACACGACAGAAACUACAAACGGAACAGUUGCUCUGAUAUCAUGUGCCAAUGGAUAUACAUUAUCAGGUCAAGCAGUUAUAACAUGUCAGUCAAAUGGAACUUGGACACAAAACCCAGCCUGUGACAUCGUUGACUGUAAAGUACCAAGGCCAAACUAUGCCCAUGUUACAUUGAUUGGAAACAAAACUACAUUUGGUGAAUCAGCGAGUAUAAGUUGCUGGACUGGUUAUAACCCAAAAGUGAAUUCUAAUGUUAUGUGUCUAUCCAAUGGUUCAUGGGAAAAGUGGACUGACUGCGAAAUUGUUGAUUGUGGUGAUCCUGUUCCGGCCAAAGGCUCUGCAAAUAGUACAAAGACAACAUAUAGAACAGUUGUAGAGAUAACAUGUGCGCCUGGCUAUAUCUUGACGGGAGCACCAGUAAUCGAAUGCAAAGAAGAUGAAACAUGGACAGAUUAUCCUACAUGUGAUACAUCAGAUUGUGGACGAUUCUCAGUGGCGAAUGGUGAAGUGAAUACGUCACUUGGUACAAGUAUUGGAUCAUUGGCUACUGUCAAGUGUGAUGAUGGUUAUGAUUUACAAGGUUCUUCAGAAAUUAUUUGUACAUCAGAUGGAUGGGACAAAACUGUGUCAUGUCAAAUACAAGUCUGUGAUGAUCCUACACCGUACAACGGAAAAAUAACUGACACAGAUGGAGGUGACGAGUUUGUCUUUGGCAAUUAUGUAAAGAUAGAAUGUUACAGUGGGUAUAACAUUGAAGGUGACAGUGUGAUCACGUGCAUAAAUGGAAGGAAAUGGAGUGCAUCAUCGAAAUGUCGAUUAAUUGUUUGUCAAAAGCAUACUGUGCCUCUACAUGGUACUAUGG